CACGAACUCCUGGGAGGAAAGCCAGGGCCCAAGCCUUUCCUUUGAGGAGUGGAUGCAGUCCUCCCGUGUGGCCAGGCACCUCGCGAAGAAAAGCUGAAAUCUUAGCUCUAAGAUUUGUGCAUGUUGAUGACCUGGGGAGAGACUGAGUUCAUGGAGCCUCAUCACGUGGUUGAAGACACCCAAGUGGCGCACCCCCAGGACCCUCACCACCCAUCAGAGAAGCCGGUCAUUCACUGCCAUAAAUGUGGGGAGCCAUGCAAGGGCGAAGUCCUUCGGGUCCAGACCAGACAUUUCCACAUCAAAUGUUUCACCUGCAAAGUGUGCGGCUGUGACCUGGCACAAGGGGGCUUCUUCAUAAAGAACGGGGAGUAUCUCUGCACCUUGGACUACCAGAGGAUGUACGGGACACGCUGCCAUGGCUGUGGGGAGUUCGUGGAAGGAGAGGUGGUGACUGCCCUGGGCAAGACCUAUCAUCCCAACUGCUUUGCCUGUACCAUCUGCAAGCGCCCCUUUCCACCCGGAGACCGAGUCACGUUCAAUGGGAGAGACUGCCUCUGUCAACUGUGUGCACAGCCAAUGUCAUCCAGCCCCAAAGAAGCCUCCUGCUCCAGCAAUUGUGCUGGCUGUGGAAGAGAUAUCAAGAAUGGGCAGGCCCUGCUGGCCCUGGAAAAGCAGUGGCACUUGGGGUGCUUUAAAUGCAAGUCCUGUGGGAAGGUUCUCACCGGAGAGUACAUCAGCAAGGAUGGCGCUCCGUACUGUGAAAAGGACUACCAGGGGCUCUUUGGGGUGAAAUGCGAAGCCUGUCACCAGUUUAUCACAGGGAAAGUCCUGGAGGCAGGUGACAAACAUUACCACCCCAGCUGUGCACGAUGCAGCAGAUGCAACCAGAUGUUCACAGAAGGAGAGGAAAUGUAUCUUCAAGGUUCCACCGUUUGGCAUCCCGACUGUAAGCAAUCUACCAAGACUGAGGAAAAGCUGCGGCUGCCAAACAGUCAUCGUUCUUCCUCCGAUUUCUUUUAUCCCAAAAGUCUGGUUCGACGCACAGGACGGUCACCGUCUCUGCAGCCUACCAGGACUUCCUCUGAAAGCAUUUAUUCUAGACCAGGCUCCAGUAUCCCGGGCUCCCCAGGUCAUACUAUCUAUGCAAAAGUGGACAAUGAAAUCCUGGAUUAUAAGGAUUUAGCAGCCAUUCCCAAGGUCAAGGCAAUUUAUGAUAUUGAACGUCCGGAUCUUAUUACCUAUGAGCCUUUCUACACUUCGGGCUAUGAUGACAAACAGGAGAGGCAGAGCCUGGGAGAGUCUCCAAGGACUUUGUCUCCUACUCCAUCAGCGGAGGGCUAUCAGGACUCUCGGGACCGGGUGAUCCACCGGUCCACCAGCCAGGGCUCCAUCAGUUCCCCUGUCUACAGCCGCCACAGCUACACUCCAACCACAUCUCGCUCCCCCCAGCAUUUUCACAGACCUGGCAAUGAGCCGUCCAGCGGCCGGAACUCCCCUCUCCCUUACCGGCCAGACAGUCGUCCUCUCACUCCAACUUAUGCUCAGGCCCCUAAACAUUUCCAUGUUCCAGAUCAAGGGAUCAACAUUUACCGAAAACCACCCAUCUACAAACAGCAUGAUGCAGCUGCCUUGGCAGCCCAGAGCAAGUCUUCAGAAGAUAUCAUCAAGUUUUCCAAGUUCCCAGCAGCCCAAGCUCCAGACCCCAGCGAGAUACCAAAGAUUGAGACGGACCACUGGCCUGGUCCCCCCUCACUGGCCGCCGUAGGAGCCGACAUGAGACGCAGAUCUAGUGGCAGAGAGGAAGAUGAGGAGGAGCUUCUGAGGCGCCGGCAGCUGCAAGAAGAGCAAUUAAUGAAGCUCAACUCAGGCCUGGGGCAGUUAAUAUUGAAAGAGGAGAUGGAGAAGGAGAGCCGAGAGAGGUCAUCCCUGUCAGCCAGUCGCUAUGAUUCUCCCAUCAACUCAGCUGCACAUGUUUUAUCAUCCAAAACCUCAUCUCUCCCAGGCUAUGGAAAAAAUGGGCUUCACCGGCCUGUUUCCACAGACUUUGCUCAGUACAACAGCUAUGGGGACGUCAGUGGGGGAGUGCGAGACUACCAGACUCUCCCAGAUGGCCACAUGUCUGGGACAAGAAUGGAUCGAGGGGUGUCCAUGCCCAACAUGUUGGAACCAAAGAUAUUUCCAUAUGAAAUGCUGAUGGUGACCAACAGAGGGCGCAACAAAAUCCUAAGAGACGUGGACAGAACCAGGCUGGAGCGCCACCUAGCCCCAGAAGUGUUUCGGGAAAUCUUUGGGAUGUCCAUACAGGAAUUUGACAAGUUACCUCUUUGGAGACGCAACGACAUGAAGAAGAAAGCGAAACUCUUCUAAGUCCCCUGCGUAGACAGCAGUUAGAAAAAGGACUGACAUGGCGGUGACACAUAGGAUGUUGUGUUAAGGCCAAACUUGAUUGGAGAAUUUGCAAACUAUUGUCCCUCAACAACAACAAAAUGGGAAAGCCGAUUAAAACACCCAUAAGCGAAAUAUGGGGCCAGCCACCGGCAACACUUGCCAAGCAACAAUGGGGUAGAAAUUUCUGUGUUCCCCAUACUCGACAGUAGUGUUCACACGUGACCUUUUUACAUCACCUUAUGUACACAACAGGAGCUACUUCCUUCAUUUCCUUUAACUGUUGUCUAACAAUAGUGUUGACUGUAUGGGUAAGAGCCAGCAAGUGCCCUUAGGAUGCCGCAUGGAAAAAAGCAGUUGUAAUAAUUCCAAAGUGGGAAUCUAUUUAUUGUAGCACCGUGGCUAAGAAGGAAGAGCCUGAGGGACAUAUCCAUGUGGUCACACCACUUUGCACACCCCUGUCCUCACUGGCCUCAUGAAGCCCGGCACGAUGGGAAUCAGAGUCCGGGAUCUGGGCGGCUCUGUGUAAGUGGGCUGAUUAGCAGCCAAAGUCAUUUUUAACAUGCUCCUUUUUCUCUACUCUUUGCUAGGACCUGGUUGGCAAAUUACUUAGCUGUUAUUAAAAAAAAAAAUUAAGAGAAAGAGAGGGGAAAGGAACAAAAGGAAUAUCUCCCUGAAUUCUUUUUCUGCUUCGGACAGUACGCUUCAUUCUGCCUCCCCAGCAAGGAUAGGAGCUGUGAAAGAAAGGAAAGGGAGAAAUUAUCUCCAGUUGUGUGCUUUUAGAUGAUUUUUGCCCCUAGGGCCACAGUACUCUUAGCAAAAAAAAAAAAGAAAGAAAGAAAGAAAGAAAGAAAGAAAGAAAGAAAGAAAGAAAGAAAGAAAGAAGAAAGAAAGAAAGAAAGAAAGAAAGAAAGAAAGAAAGAAAGAAAGAAAGAAAGAAGGAAGGAAAAGAAAAUUCUGUGUCCCGCCAAUGCAAGUUCUUCCUCCCUGCAUCCUCUGCUCCUCAUCCAGCAUCCUCUGCAUCUGAUCCAGCCCACAUGGAUUUUGGAUUUUUUUUUUUUUUUGAGGUCUCUUCAGUAGUAGGCUAAGGAAAGGCACGCUUUUCUUUUUGAAAUCUCUGCAACCCCAAGGUCUGUUGCCUUAGAUUGAUUUAAUUUGGCCUUUUCAGCUUUCCUUCUUGCCUAGCUUUGUUGACUUCAUGGUGCGUAUGUGUGUGUGUGUGCGCGCGCGCGUGUGUGUGUAUGUGUGUGUAAGUGAAUGCACCCAGAGUAGUUUGGGGAGUCUGCAUGUUCUUUUAACAUUUCAUCCCUGCUUGAAUGUUUGUCCGGCUGGGCUGCAGCUUCUAAGGAACAUUUGCACACGUGCGCAUGACUCAGAGGUCGGGAUUGAGGCCAAACUGCACCCCACAGGGCAUCCUUCAUGGAAGGGUGUCAGUGUCAGAAGCCAGCAUGCUCCAUGAUUCAUGAAGCUCAGGUCAGCAGCACAGUGAAGAGCCCGGACCUCACAUCAGGCUAUAUGUGGACAUCAGAGCAACACACCAGAGUGUGCAGAUUCAGCAACACAAGAUUCAUAGUGGAGCCUAGGAUUACACCAAAACUCACAUGUAAGACCCCAUCAUGAUUCCUGGAAGCCUCUGGCUGCGACUCACGUGAGUUAGGAGGCGGACAAGGAAGGGUGUCUCCAGCUCCACCCGUGGACAGUUUUCACGUUUAUUCUUGUGCUCUGGGGGCUCUGCCUAGGAAUUUAAAUUCCAUUUUAAAGCCAAAGGAGAAAUCAUUCGAAUUCUCUUCAUAUGCCACUACUAAUAAAAGCUCAGAAAUUCUUCCUGCUGCCACCGGAUUCGGAUUCGGAUUAGUUAGUAGCUGAUCUUGGUGGUAAAAAACAAGUAAAAAUAGUGUCAGAACCUGUGCUGCAGACCUCUACCUUGGGACACACUCCAUCAACUGGGUGCUGUACUGAGCUCUGUAAUUGCUUUCAAGCGCUCUUCUGUCCCUUCAGUGCUAGACACUGAAUGUCUGAGGACUGUUCUCACAAAUAGGAGCAUGCACGUGUGUGUGUGUGUGUGUGUGUGUGUGUGUGUGUGUGUGUGUGUGUGUUGGACCUACUAACAUAUUUUGUAAAUGAUUCUGAUGGGGCAAACGUGAGAUGACCAGCUCCUCCUCCGUUUGAAGGCCCCAGAUUGCAACUUGCUAUUUGGUGCCUUCCAUGGCCUUUUGCUCUAAUUCAAUAUUUCGGCUGUCCCAUCUUCUCUCUGACAUCUCUGGCAUCAGCAGCCUUGGUGCAGUGCCUGUGUAUCCCAGUCCUUGCUUUGCUCUGGCAAAGUAUGAGGAGUGGGGACCACAGUAUAUUCCCAUAAUCAAUAAUGAGGAUGGCAGAUGGGUCCCAGUGCUAGGCUGGUGGGGAGAAUUUUUUCAUUAUGGGGAUAAUAAAAGAUCCUCAGUGUUUUCAUUGGUUAAUUAUGACCUAUGGAAAAAAAAAGAAAAAAAUAAUUAUGACCUAUGCACAUGCAGAGCAAAUGUCAGUGUGAGAAAAACUGCAAUGACAGUUAAAGUUCUGAACCCAAAGUCUGCUCCCACCAAUGAAACUCUGUUUCUUAUAUCUUUAGAAUUCAGUUCUCCAUCCAACUUGGGGGGUGGAGGAGCUUCUUCCUAUAUCAAGUGUAAUAGCUAAUUUAAACUAUACCGUGCAAAAAUGCAUUACCAGGAAAUGUCAGUAGUGUCCUGUCUGCAAGCAGAGUAGUGCUGUGCUCUGGGGAGGGUCAUGGGAAAACAAUGUUGGAGUGGCUUCCCCGACUCCAGUCCCAGCAGAAGGCUCCAGCUGGAGGGAUGGGUCAUGAGGCAACUGGUUCUCCUAACUGCCAAAUCUAAUACAUGGGCUACAAUGACCUAUCCAUUUUUGUUCUCAACUGGGCUCAGCAUGCUUGUCCUCAAAAUGUCUAGGCCACCGUACAGGAGAUCCGUGUUCUCUGCUUGAACCCCAGUCUGCACUGCACAUAGAAAUUCCAGUUGUUAACACAGUCAAAUGAACAGGGCUUAUUCACGCUGGGGAAGGACUUCAAGACAUGGCACAUUUUCCUGGUAUAUACCCAAAGGGCUACAUUUUUGAGCGUUGGGCUUAUUUGUGUUUCCUUAAGCACACACAACAACUGCAUGAAGCAAAAGAGGCCUCUGACAACGUGGAAGUCAGUGCGCUCCCUUUAAAUUUUUUUUUUCCGUAAGAGCCAGGAUAUCAUUUAUUCUUCCCGUGUGAUUUAAGAUGAGACAUAAAGAGCAUUUGGGAACUCGUACAGCCAGCUAUGCAUCUACAUUUCAGUUUGGGUUAGUUAUGAAAUGUUCUUAAUGUGACUCCUUCAAUAACUAAAGAUAAACUGCCUGUUCUCUGAAACCUCAAACAGAAAAGCCAGGGUUAAUGAGUAAUACGGUGCACACUCCCACUGCAACUUUCAUCCUCUCAAUCUGGUGAUGUCCAUCAACUCUACUUAGAGAAGUCUUGUUGGAAAUGUUUAUAAAACUUUCACCUAAUUUCUUUACACUUUAAAGCAAACACCUUUUUCUAAAGAAUUGCUUCUCAGAUGAUCAUAUAAAAUAUUUAUGCUUUUGCAAGUUAAAAAAAAAGAAAUUAACCACUUUUGACUAGGUAGGUCUUUCUAAAAAUUAUUUCAAAAAGCUUGAUGUUAGCGUUCUGCGCAUUGAAGGGGCAGGCAGGCCCUCUCUCUGUCAGGAAAGAUAGUGGAACAAAAUGAACUCCAUGUAAUCUCCCCUCUGUGACCUCUGAGGCAAGCUCAGUUUUUAUAAAUCACAUCUUCUGUAUUACCGGGCACUGUUUAAUCUACCCUCCCUAGGCCAGCCUUGACUUGACUUGAUCUUUAAAAUUUUCUUUUGACAAACCGUUUGUGAGUAAACCCUACAACUCAUUCAUUAGUGUACCCUUUUGAAGAAUGUUCUAUUCAGAAAAAGAGAUUACUUCAGGCUUGAGAUCUGCUGUGACACCACCUUAUAGUGAUAAUGUACAUUAAGGAAACUAGCCAAUGAUGUUGUAAUGAAAGAAAGAGAAAUUUUUACUCCGGCUUUAAAAACAAAAAAAAUCACUCUUUCCAUUUGCUGCCCAGGAAGCCAUGAAGAGAUAGUGAUUGAUACACUUUGCAUAUGGAUUUUUGCGUUUUUAUUUGGGUGAGUUUAAUUUAUGGCAAACUCAAAAAGAAGGGGGAAGUGGUCAGGUUAAGUUGAAAGAAACUUUCUAAACAAUAUAUUGUAAACCCAGCAAAAUUAAACAAAUCCAGUAUUUUCUGAUGGUUGGUGUAAUCGACUGGCAAUGGUUAUCAUUAAAUAAAAUUCUUCCCAAAAGUGUCUUUCUCAAGAGUGAAGAUCCCAUGAGCCACUUUCUGAACCCGUUCACCAAAGGUAGCAGGAGACAAUACUACAUCCACUACCAUUCAGAAAGCCACUUAGUGAUUGUAUAUGCCUAUGUUUCCUUAUCCCAUGGAAGAAAAAAAACAAUUGUCCACAAUAUUGAUGUUCCUCUUGGGUUCUGUGUACAGACCCGUCCAAUAAUAAAUGUGUGUGGUUUCUGUGAGUUGCCGACGAUCCUGCAUCAUAUCUCUUUGGAGUCCUUUCAUUUUAAGUUCAAUUUAAUGGAAUUUUUUUGCAAGUGUCAGAAAACAUACAGUUAGUUCUUCCUUCCCUCCCCUUUCAAAAAUAUGAAAGUGAAUAUUUGGAAGAACUGCUGUGUUAAAGAUGUGUUGUGUCCCCCCGUGAAAGUGAGUGGGUGUCCGUCCAUGCCCUGAAUACCACGGACUAGUGUGCAGAGGCAGGGGCAGCCAGCUGGCCCCGCGUUGCUGUGCGUUUUGGUCCUGACCUGCUCCACGCUCCUGUUGCAAGCAGCACUCGCCGCUCCCCCGCCCUGUCCUCUGCGUCACUGCUGUACACUCACCACUCAGUGAAUAAAGUUGUGUGCUUUAUUCUAUUCA